UCGGCAGUCGCCGGCCGCAGGAUGGAGCAGGCAGCGCCUAAAAGCAAGCUGAAAAAGCUGAGUGAAGACAGCUUGACUAAACAGCCUGAAGAAGUCUUUGAUGUCUUGGAGAAGCUUGGCGAAGGGUCUUAUGGCAGCGUUUUCAAAGCAAUACACAAGGAAUCUGGGCAGGUUGUGGCAAUUAAGCAAGUCCCUGUUGAAUCAGACCUGCAGGAAAUAAUUAAAGAAAUUUCUAUAAUGCAACAAUGUGACAGCCCAUAUGUUGUCAAGUACUAUGGCAGCUAUUUUAAGAACACAGACCUGUGGAUUGUUAUGGAGUACUGUGGAGCUGGUUCUGUCUCGGACAUAAUUAGGUUGCGGAAUAAAACGCUCACAGAAGAUGAAAUUGCAACCAUUCUUAAAUCCACGCUUAAAGGACUUGAAUAUUUGCACUUCAUGAGAAAAAUACACAGAGAUAUAAAGGCUGGAAACAUCCUCUUAAACACAGAAGGGCAUGCCAAGUUAGCUGACUUUGGAGUGGCUGGACAAUUAACUGAUACAAUGGCAAAACGUAAUACCGUCAUAGGUACUCCUUUUUGGAUGGCUCCAGAAGUAAUACAAGAGAUUGGCUAUAAUUGUGUGGCAGACAUUUGGUCCCUGGGUAUUACUUCAAUAGAAAUGGCUGAAGGAAAACCACCAUACGCAGAUAUCCAUCCAAUGCGGGCAAUUUUUAUGAUUCCUACAAACCCCCCUCCAACAUUCCGGAAGCCAGAAUUGUGGUCUGAUGAAUUCACUGAUUUUGUGAAAAAGUGUUUAGUGAAGAACCCUGAGCAGAGAGCUACUGCAACACAACUUCUGCAGCAUCCUUUUAUUAAGAAUGCCAAACCAGUUUCAAUUCUAAGAGAUCUGAUUACCGAAGCAAUGGAAAUCAAGGCGAAGAGGCAUGAAGAGCAGCAGAGGGAACUGGAAGAGGAGGAUGAAAACUCGGAUGAAGAUGAGCUGGACUCUCACACCAUGGUGAAGAGUACUUCAGAAAGUGCAGGCACGAUGAGGGCCACGAGCACUAUGAGCGAAAGCGCUCAAACAAUGAUUGAACAUAACAGCACCAUGCUAGAGUCAGACCUGGGAACCAUGGUGAUAAACAGUGACGAUGACGACGACGACGAAGAUGGCACCAUGAAAAGAAAUGCUACAUCACCACAAGCACAGCGACCUUCUUUUAUGGACUAUUUUGAUAAGCAAGAUUCCAAGAACAAAAGCCAUGAAAACUGCAAUCAAAACUUGCAUGAAUCUUACCAUAUAUCAAAAAACGUUUUCCCAGAUAACUGGAAGGUCCCUCAAGAUGGCGACUUUGAUUUUCUGAAAAAUCUAAGUUUGGAAGAGCUGCAGAUGAGGUUAAAAGCUUUGGAUCCUAUGAUGGAACGAGAAAUCGAAGAACUCCGUCAAAGAUACACGGCUAAGAGACAGCCAAUUCUAGAUGCUAUGGAUGCAAAAAAACGAAGACAGCAGAACUUCUGAUCUUAU